AUGAAGUUCGUCAGCAUCAUACAAAAGCGAGCAUCUGCCGCACCUGGCAAGUCAAUGAUCCUCAACCCGGAGGACUAUGCAGCUGCUGGUGGCGAGCUGCUUGUGAUCGCAAUGGUCCUCAGCUGGGUCCUGACGCGACUGGGCUACAAAGAAUCACGCAUGUUGGCCGUUGAUCAUGACAUCAUCAAAGACAACCAGCUGAAGAGGCGUGUGGGGUACAACAACCUCUGCGUUGGAUGGGAUAUGGCACCAGCAAAGUACUUUGCUGGCCCUAUCUUCGUAGGCAUCGUGUUCUUUGAGUCGCGAUUCAUGCAGCUGUCCUAUCAGCGGGCUGCGAUCGACCCAUCCAGCAACCGGAACGAGAUCACCAAUUUCUUCAGCACACUGAGCUGGAUGGUGUGCAUCCUGAUAUUCGUGUGUUCGCCGGUGGAGAACGCGACUUUGCACACCUUCUCCUUCGUGCAGCUGGUCGUGUUUGGGUAUUUCGCCUAUGCGGCUAACUUCGUGACAACGGACGUGAAGUACCACCCGCGAGGUUCCCAUGUCUUCAUCGGCAUCUUUGGCUUCUUCUCCUUGAUGUUUGGAACUUGCGCCGUGGUCCAGUUUCUGAUGUACUCGGAGGAGACUGGUCCUGGUCCGAUCCCGUGGUGGGUGACAGCAACUGGUGACUAUGGCUGGUUUGUGUGCCUGGGUGUGCAAGGUUACAUGAGGCCAAGGGCGCCCUCGCUGCGCCUGGACUUUGCUCUGACGAGCGACGACGACUUCCAGGUCCUCGGCGAAAGGAAGCCGGCGGUUGAGAGUGGCCGCACCUCCGGAUCGCCGUAG